AUGCUCCAAUGUGGGUCAAAGAGUGUCUCUGAAUAUCUUCAGACAAUGAAAGUUCUUGAUGAUGAACUUGCUCAAAUUGAUCAUCCACUAUGCAAUGAUGAUAUGACCUUGUAUGUUUUGCAAGGUCUCGGUUCUGAAUAUCGUGAAAUUGUUGCUCAUAUUCGUGCUCGAGAAAAGUCUCUCACAUUUGAAGAACUUCAUGAAAUGCUGAUUCCCCAUGAAAGCUAUCUAAAACAUCUUGAGCAAAACUCUCCAACUCCAGUUGCCACUGCCAACUACACUCAAUCUCACAAUACUCAGCAAUCAUCAUUCUCUCACAACAAUCAGAGGAGGAACUCAAUUCCAUUUCUCAGGCAAGAUAAUGGCAAGUGGUUGGUUGGCUCUGGUGCAUCUCAUAACAUCACUACUGAUCUUGGUAAUCUAUCCAUUUACAAUGAAUAUGCUGGCACAGACGAGGUGGUAAUUGGUGAUGGUUCACGUUUGCCUGUUUCACAUGAUCAGACUAACGGGGCCAUUAUGCUGCAAAGAGAAUAUGAGAACGGUGUCUAUCCCCUACCAUCAACACUGAAGAAAUCAGAUAUCAAACCAGUUGCUUAUGUGCAUGAGAGGACGUCACUCGAUGGUUGGUAG